GACGUCAUUCACUUUGCGACCUGCACUUCCUCGUUCCUUCCUUCUUUCUCGAAACAGUUUUGUUUUCGUUUUGUUUUCCGCAAAACUAUGAAGUAUAGACGUUUUUAAACCGCCAGCUGUGGAACGGCUCUCUCUUUUAAAGUCGAAAAAAUGAUUAAGACGGACAAGAUUUUGCAUUUAAAGAGCAGUCGUGGGCGAAAGGUCCGUGUGGUCCGCGAACAUUACGUGAGGGAGAGAGUUCCAUGCUUCAGCGCCCUGUGCCUGGACGGCUGUGACAACGGUGACAAGGUGUUGCCAAAGGAUUUGACACACUAUGUGGUGCCUGAUGUUGGGGUCGUGGUCGAUUACUUGGAGAUCUUGGAGUUAAGAGAGGUGCAGGGCAUCGUCUUCACCCAGACAGCCUGCCAGGCUGUACAGCGCAGCAAAGGACGCAGACAGUAUAACCGCCUGCGAAACCUGCUGAAAGACCCCCGACAUGACUGUGUGCUGUUUGCAAAUGAAUUUCAAGAAUUUUCCUACUGCCAGCGAGAGAAGGGGGAGAGUCAAGAAAAGUGGCUGACCAGGUGUGUGCACGCUGCAGCAGUGUGGUACUAUAACCACCUAGCUGGUAUGAUGGAUGUAGUGAUGAUUACAGAGGACCAGGAUGCCAUUGCUCAGUACGGCAAUCUUUACUCUGGAGUGUACGUCAUCUCUGUCCAGGAUUAUUUACAGAAUUUCUGGUCAGAACUGCAGCCAGCCCAUGAACUGUACAGCUCCAUCAGCCAGUCUCUACAGGAGAAGGAAAGCGAAGGCACAGAGAGAGAGUUUACUGAUCAUCUACCUGCUGAAGUCUUGGCGUCUGGAAUCAAGUCUGGACGCUACAUUCAGGGAAUGUUGAAUGUCAAUAAGCAUCGGGCACUGACAGAAGCUUGGGUCCAAACAAUGGGUCUCUCAGAUAAAAACACAGAGUUGAGCAGCGAGGUGUUGGUGUACGGAAAUAAGAAUCGUAACAGGGCUGUGCAUGGGGACAUUGUCGUGGUGGAGUUGUUUCCAAAGACUGAGUGGAGAGGGAAGGCCUCUGUGCUGACUGAGGGACCAGGAGAUGAUAAGAAUGGAGAGGACAGCCAAAGUAAACCUGUAGCUACAGGGCGUAUUGUGGGCAUCCUGCAGAGGAAUUGGAGGGACUAUGUGGUAACAUUCCCAUCAAGGGAGAGCUCUCAGUCCCAGAGCAGAAAUUCCCAGCGUAUUCUGACUGUGCCUUGGGACUAUCGCAUCCCAAAGAUCCGCAUCAGCACACAGCAGGCUGACGCUUUGCAGGACCACAGAGUGGUAGUCCGCAUUGACUCAUGGGAAAGCACAUCACUGUAUCCUAAUGGGCACAGCGUGAGGGUUCUGGGUCUGGCUGGUGAGCUUGAGACGGAGAUACAGACUAUCCUCUUAGAGAACUGCAUCCACGUGGCUGCCUUUUCUGAUGCGCAGCUGAGGGAGAUGCCUGUCAAUUCUCCGGAGAAGCCAUGGAGAGUGGAUCCUGCUCAGGUGGCUGAGAGGCGGGACCUGAGGGAAAGUCACAUGGUGUUCAGCAUCGAUCCUGCAGGCUGCGAGGAUGUGGAUGACACGCUGUCCGUGCGCCGUCUCGGUGGAGGAAAGGUGCUGGAGCUCGGGGUUCACAUUGCUGAUGUUACACACUUUGUUUCUGAAGGCUCACUCACCGACUUGGAGGCACGUGCAAGGGCUACAACCUGCUACCUUGCAGACCGCAGAUAUGACAUGUUGCCUGCAGUUCUCAGCGCAGAUCUCUGCUCUCUGUUGGGAGGAGUCGAUAGGUACGCAAUGAGCGUGCUGUGGGAACUUGACGCACACACCCUUGCUGUCAACAAGGUGUGGUAUGGUCGCACAAUCAUCCGCUCCUCCUACCAGCUCCAUUACGAGCUGGCUCAAGCGCUCCUCAAUGGUGUGCAGACCGAGGUACCAGAAUUAUCCCACCUUAGCCCCCACGAGAAGGAUGACAAAUUAGUUCAGCUUAUUCAAGCUCUGGAGAUGCUGACCUACGUGGCUCGACACCUUCGGGUGCAGCGGGAUCAAGGCGGUGCUUUGGAACUGGAAGGUGUGGAGGUGCGGGCCCAGCUGGACAAUGACAAAAAUAUCACAGCUCUGGUUCCGCGUCAGCCUCUUGAAAUUCACGAAACGGUGGCGGAGUGCAUGAUUUAUGCCAACCACUGGGUAGCGGUCAAGAUGCAGGAAACUUUUCCUCAUCAGGCUCUGCUGCGGCACCACCCACCACCACGUCAGGAGUUCUUCAGCCAGCUGGUUGACAGCGCAAAGUCCAAGGGCUUUACCAUCAAUACCAGGUCCAAUAAGGCUCUAGCUGACUCCCUGGACCAGGCUGUGGACCCACAGGACCCACUGCUGAACAAGCUGCUGAGAAUGAUGGCUACCCAAGCCAUGUCUCAGGCUCUGUAUUUCUCUACUGGUGCUAUUUCCCAAGACCAGUACUACCACUACGGUUUGGCUCUAGACCGAUACACACAUUUCACUUCCCCCAUUCGUCGCUAUGCCGACAUUGUGGUCCACCGGCUUCUCAGUGCCGCCAUUAACAUGGAGAAGGGGCAGAGUGCUGCCAAAAUUUUACUCGUCAACAAGGAAGUGGAGGAGUUGGCUCAUCAUAUCAACCAAAAAAACAGAGCAGCCCAGCAGGCCCAGAGGUUGUCCACUGACUUGUUUCAGUGUCUGUACUUCAAAGACCGAGACCCUCACACGGACCAGUGCUGCAUUGCUGAUGCUGUCAUUUACGCAAUCCGAGACAAUGGCGUGUUGGCGUUUGUCCCGCAGUAUGGCGUGAAAGGCCCUGUGUACUUGAAGAACCGAGAAGGCAAAGUGGUCUCUGCCGGACAAGAUGGCAGGUGUGAGUGGCAGAGUGGAUCUGUACGCCGCUAUCCGAACCACAUCGCCACCACGUCCGCAGCAGGAACCACCACACUCACACUCUUCCAGCACAUCACCGUUGGCAUUUCUGUGCAGUCGUCCCGCUCUCACGCUGACAGUCUCAUCCUUGAGCUCCUCAACAACAAGCCACACCGGAGCUCAGAGCACUGCCAGGCUCCAACGCAGGGCCGCAACCAGCUGGUCCAGGAGGUGGUGCGCUUGGCCGAGGAGGCGUCUCAACAGGCUCAGGAAAAGGCCACACGGCGCCCCAAACUGUCCAAACAGGAACGAGAGUUCUGCCAAAGCAAAAGCCCCAACUUGUAUCUUCUCCUGGAGGAAAUUCGAGAGCUGGCAUUGAUGGACCUGGAAUGUGAAAACACAACCUAGGACCAUAGACACCCGCUCGUGUGUGUUUGGACGGGAAAUAAUGCGACAAGUGCUCACAUCAGAGCUUCUCUUUUUACAUGAAAACCAAAUUUUUUACCUCAUUUUUAAUACCUAUAGUUGUUUUUUUUUAGCAUGGACUGAUCUAAAGCAUACUUGCCAACCAUCCCGAUUUUUCCGGGAGACUCCCGAAUUUCAGUGCCCCUCCCGAAAAUCUCCCAGGACAACCAUUCUCCCGAUUUCCACCCGGACAACAGUAUAGCCCGGUUGGUAGAGCGGCCGUGCCAGCAACUUGAGGGUUACAGGUUCAAUCCCCGCUUCUGCCAUCCUAGUCACUGCUGUUGUGUCCUUGGGCAAGACACUUUACCCACCUGCUCCCAGUGCCACCCACACUGGUUUAUAAAUGUAACUUAGAUAUUGGGUUUCACUAUGUAAAGCGCUUUGAGUCACUAGAGAAAAGCGCUAUAUAAAUAGAAUUCACUUCACUAUUGGGGGCGUAACUGCCUUUAACGUUCUUUACAACCUGUCGUCACGUCUGCUUUUCCUCCAUUCAAACAGCGUGUCAGCUCAGUCACAUAGCAUUUGUGUCAACUCAGUCACAUAGCAUUUGUGGCCCUUACACACACACUUGGGUGAAUGCAAGGCAUACUUGGUCAACAGCCAUACAGAGUCUGAGGGUGGCCGCAUAAACAAUUUUAACACUGUUACAAAUAUGCGCCACACUGUGAACCCACACCAAACAUUUCGGGAGAACAUCUGCACCGUAACACAACAUAAGCACAAUGGAACAAAUACCCAGAAUCCCUUGCAUCACUAACUCUUCGGGGACUCUACAUUAUGCACCCCCAUCUCCCGAAUUCGGAGGUCACAAGGUUGGCAAGUAUGAUGUAAAGUGCAGUAGACUUGUUGGCGGAGAUAUUUUCUUUUAAGUGUUGAGGCGAUGUUUUGUUUUUUUCUCAGCACCUGUGAACUAAAGGCAUGUUUUAUUUUUGUACAGAUGCUCUUGGACAUGAUUGUAAGCCUUUACAAGAAGUAAAGACCUUUUAAGUUGUUUCUUUUAAAAUGCCGCAUUAGUGUGCAAAUAGAUUUUAAUAUCAAUUUGUACUGAAAUGUCCACAGUGAACGUUUACAAUAAAGUCAUCACAUUUGG